GCGGGGCCGCGCCUUGCCCCGUGCGUGCGCGCUCCCGGCCCCCCCCCGCCUUCCCCUCUCUCUGUGUCCCUCUCUCUCCCUCUCUCCGCCGCGCUCGGCCGGCUCUGCCCCCCCUUUGUGCGCGCUCCGAGCCGCCCCCGCAUCGCCGACUCGCCAUGGCCGACGAGAAGCCCAAGGAAGGAGUGAAGACUGAAAACAAUGACCACAUUAAUCUGAAGGUGGCAGGGCAAGAUGGGUCUGUGGUGCAGUUUAAGAUUAAGAGGCACACACCACUUAGUAAACUAAUGAAAGCCUAUUGUGAACGACAGGGGUUGUCAAUGAGGCAAAUCAGAUUCCGGUUUGAUGGGCAGCCAAUUAAUGAAACAGACACACCUGCACAGUUGGAAAUGGAGGAUGAAGAUACAAUUGAUGUGUUCCAGCAGCAAACAGGAGGAGUUUACUAAAACAAACACACAAAAAAGAACCUGCUACUUUCCUCUCCAGAACUGUGCUCCCACAGGCAACACUUCACAAUUAGAAAAAUGAGACUUGGUUCAGCCACAUCCUGACUACUGCAGUAUAGUUUUCUCUCUUCUCUCUGAUUUUUUUUUUCUUAUUCCUUUUAUUGUACAUAAAGUAACUGGUGAUGUGCACAGGCAUAAUGCAUAUUUUUUUUUUUAACUAAAUGGCCAAUGGUAUGUUUUGAUCAACAUUUAAUGGAGAUGGGGUGGGAAAACAAACUGGUUCUGUGAAAAUGCCCCUCUCUCCGUUAGUGGCAUGCUCCUUCUACUUUUACAGAAUCACAGAAUAAGCCGAGUUAUCUUUAUAUUCCAGUAAGUUAUUUUGCUCUCACUGUUCAAAAACAAAAACCUUGCAUACCUUGUUUGAUUGGAUAAUUUCAAUGUUUUUCUUUUAUCAUUGUAAAACCAAGGGCAAUUUUAUAACUUUUUUGUACGUAGCUGUUACAUGUAGAGCAAUCUCUGUCUAAGUAGGGGUAAAUUACUCUUUAAAAAAAAAAGGAAAAAAAAAAAGUCCUAGAUAGUUUUCCCUUCAAGUAAAACGUCUUGUUGUUUAAAUAAACUUCUUGUUUAAAAUAA